UUUUUAUCAAAGAAAAAAAAAAAAACAAACAAGUUAUCAACAGUUGUCAACUUGACUUGAUAAAAUUUUUUUUUCAAGCGUCUACGAGCAGCCAUGUUUGUUUAGUUGGUUCGGUGGGAGUUAAAAGCGUUGCAUUUGCCUCAUAUUUAUAUCAACAAACAUCAAAAUAUUAUUGCUUAAUGACAGGUGAAUAAUGUGUCAAGUGGUGCAGAAUAAACAAUAAAAUGGUACCCUGAAAAGUGAAAUGUGGUUGCGUAGUGAGCACGUAGGACGUCGUCUUCGGGGCCGUAUUGGAAUAGCAACAGGAACAUCAACAAAGUCACGAAAUAGAGUUCAAUCUGUUAGUGUACGUAAAGUACCAGCUACAAACAAUAGUAGUCAAAGAGUUAAUACAACUAGUAGAUGUGGUAGAUUAACACGUUGGAGACGUAGAUCGCCAACUUUACUUAAAGAAGUUUGCAAAGAAAAUGUUGUACAUUUUACCAAGUCACCACCAAUACGGCGUGAACGUGGACCACGAAAAAAGAAGUGUAUAAAACGUUCAAUGGUUACUUCAACGCCAAUUCGUCGUCCUCCUCCUCCUCCUUCUCGGGAAGAGGCAACAAUUCAAUCAAAAACAAGUUCAUCAAAAUUAACUGAUGAAAAUGUCAAAGAAAACUGGGAUAAUUUACCAGACAUUUAUCAAAAUACAAAUGAACAAAUUUCGACAACAGAACAACAAAAAGAUGAUGAAGAAAGUGUAGAGUCGAGUGUAAAAUUAUUGGCAGAAUUAUUGCCACCAAUAUCUCUCGAUGAUACAUCAAAAGUUGAGAGUGAAUUAUCAUCUCUCUUGCAGAGUACUGAUCCCAAUGGUGAUUCAACAACAAUUGACACUGCUGAAUCAUCAGUCCUGUCUGUUGUUGAUAUUCUUUCACUUCAUUACUCUGCAAUUUGUGCUAGUACUACUGAGCAACAACCUGAUGAUUACUACACCUCUAACAUGAGCUGUAGUACUUCAUCGACACUUGAAAAUCGUACUGAUUAUACAACUGAUCGUAAUUAUGAAGACUCAAUGCCAAAAUAUUACGAUGAUAAUUCAUCAAAAAAAUGUGAAGAGAGUACUGUUGAAAAAACAGAAUCAACAUUUAAUACAGAUGAUUAUACAAAAUUUCCAACGACAACAACAACAACACAAAGUCAUCUCUAUUCUGAGAGUCACAAUUCAGCAGAUGAUAAUGGAAAUUUGGAGAGUAGUCGAUACAAUGCUGAUGAGACUAAUGGUGAUUAUCAAAAUGUUAAAUACAUGGAAGUUGGUGGAGAAGAAAUUGUCGAGAGUGGUGAUAUGGACAGCAAUAUGGUAACUCAAAUACCAGAUGACUGGCUGCCUUUUGAUCCUUAUAUAUUCAUCAAACACCUGCCUCCCUUGACACCAGCAAUGAGAGCCAGGUGUCCAGCACUUCCAUUAAAGACACGAAGCAGUCCAGAAUUUAGUCUUGUUCUUGAUCUUGAUGAGACACUUGUACACUGUAGUUUGCAAGAGCUAUCAGAUGCCUCAUUUAGAUUCCCAGUUGUUUUUCAAGAUGUUACUUAUACUGUUUUUGUCAGAACACGACCAUUUUUCAUGGAAUUUCUUGAGCAUGUAUCAACACUCUACGAGGUAAUUCUUUUCACUGCAAGUAAACGUGUUUAUGCCAAUAAAUUAAUGAAUUUACUGGAUCCAACAAGAAGACUCAUCAAGUAUCGUCUGUUUCGUGAACAUUGUGUUUGUGUUAAUGGUAAUUAUAUAAAAGAUCUUUCUAUACUUGGUAGAGAUCUUUCUAAAACUGUUAUUAUUGAUAACAGUCCUCAAGCAUUUGGCUAUCAGCUUGAAAAUGGUAUACCAAUUGAAAGCUGGUUUGCUGAUCGGUCUGACAGUGAGCUCAUGAAACUUUUACCAUUUUUAGAAAAUUUGGUACAAUGGGGUGGUGAUGUUAGACCACAUAUUCGGGAACAAUUUCGUCUCUAUAGCUUUUUACCACCUGAUUAAUUUAAAAUACGUACUAUCUUUUUAACAAAAAAUAAUAAUUAUUUUGUUUAUUAUAUUUACAGUUAAAUUUAAAAUUUUAUUUUAUCAAUUUAUAUAAUUUUUUUUAUUUUAACAUAUUAAUUUUUAAUUGCAUACAUAGCGCAAAUUUUAUAUGUAGCACAAUAAGGACAUAACUACAAUCGUACAAAAAAAUUAUUAAAAAAAAAUUUAAUGGCUUAUUAUAUAAAUUUUAAAAUAGGGUAUUUGUUGAAGAACAAAAAGAAAAAGUAAUUAUUCACUAUAGGCAUUAAAAAAAUAUUAUUAAAAUGAUUAUAGUUCAUGUAUAAAAUUACAAUUCAACAAGUAUGAUUGCAAGGGAAAUGUCGGGAUGGGAGUAUUGUUAAAAAAUGAAUUUAUAUUUUAUUUUUAUUAUUUUAUCACUUUUAUUUUUUAUAUUUUAAAUUUUAUUUUUUUUUGAUUUUUCUGUGUUAAAAAAAUUUAUAUACCAUAAAUAAGUACUAAUUUUAUAUUAAUUGACUUGUUAAAAAUUAUUUUAUUUUACAUAAAUUUGGAUUUAAUAUUAUUUAUAGCUUUUUUUUUAUUUUGUGAUGAUAACUUUUUUAUUGAGUGUAAAUGAAAAUUCAUUUACUAGUGAAUUGAUUUCAAAAGUGUUUUAAAAUAAUUAUUGAAAAUUUUUAAAAACAAAAUUAGUUAUUAUGGUUGACGUGUAUUUAUGAAAUAAUAUUCAUCCAUUUUUGAUCGAUACGCAUGAUUGUCUAGAUAUAAAAAUGAGUAUAGUAUAUAAAGAAAAAAAAUAAGAUAAAUUUUAUCCACAUGUUACUCGAAAAAGAAUAAAAUAAAAAAAAAAAAAAAGAGAGAAAGAUUUGUUAAUGAAAUUUUUAAAAGUCAAAAAUGUUUUUUACAAAUUUAUAAAAAAGGAAAAUGAUUAAUUAAAUUAUAUAUCAGUCUUGUCAUUUUGUUGUAAAAUGUCGAUUUAAAAUUUCGACAUUUGUUUGUUAUUUUGUCUCUUUUUUUUUUUUUUUUUUUUCGAUUCACUGCACUAUUCAAUUUUCUAUCUCACAAUAAAUAAAAUAAUUGCUUUUCAAUCAACAAUUAAACAAUUACUUACGUAGAAAAAAAAAAUGCAUAUAUUACAUUACAAAGAUUUAAAUAAAAAAAAAGUCUUGUAGUUAUAUUUCUGUCUCAUGCAGUGUUUAAUAAAUUCACCUCUUGUUUUUGUUAU